GAAGAAGAGAGAGAGAGCAAGUAGAGGACUGGGUCUGGUCUCUUCGCUGCAACCUAUAGCUGUUGUUUUGCUCUUCGACGGGAUUCUCACUACUCUUUUGCAAAAAAAAAAAGAGGAAUUUGAGUUAUGGGUUUUGUUUUAGAUUCACUUUGAAGCUAAAUUGAGUUUCAUUUGUGGGGAAUACAAAUGGAAUGUUUUCGUCAAAGAUCGGAGGUUCCGAAGGUGAAUGCAGCUUGCGAUUUCAUCGAAGAGAAGAUUCGCCUGCCGGAUUAGGCUUAAUUGGGUAUUAUAACUGUAAGAUUGUACCUGAGAUUUAUUGCUAGAGAGGUUUUUGAUCGGUGAACGUUUGGGUAUAUGGGUAUGGACAUAGCUGAUAAGGAGAAUACGAGCCCGCUUUUAUUCGAAUUCUGCAAUUGCUAUAAAGUUGCUAGCCUUACUGAAACCAUUCUAAACCCGGUAAAUGUUUCCAACUUAAAAGAUCGAUAUGUGCUUGGAGAACAGUUAGGUUGGGGUCAGUUUGGUGUGAUAAGAGUAUGCUCUGAUAAGUUAACAGGAGAGAGGCUUGCUUGUAAGUCUAUAUCUAAAGACAGAUUGGUAACACAAGAUGACAUGAAGAGUAUCAAACUCGAGAUUGCGAUUAUGGCCAAGUUAGCUGGGCACCCAAAUGUGGUGAAUCUCAAAGCAGUUUAUGAGGAGAAAGAUUAUGUGCAUCUUGUGAUGGAACUAUGCGCAGGCGGUGAGCUUUUUCACAAGCUUGAGAAAUAUGGAAGGUAUUCAGAGUUUCGUGCUAGGGUACUCUUCAAGCAUUUGAUGCAAGUGGUCAAGUUUUGUCACGAUAGCGGUAUUGUUCACAGAGAUUUGAAACCGGAAAACAUUCUAAUGGCCACAAUGUCUUCUUCAUCUCCUAUCAAAUUGGCUGAUUUUGGACUGGCAACCUAUAUAAAGCCUGGCGAAAAGCUGAGCGGAACAGUUGGUAGUCCGUUUUAUAUAGCCCCUGAAGUGUUAUCAGGGGGAUAUAACCAAGCUGCUGAUGUAUGGAGUGCAGGGGUUAUUUUGUACAUUCUUCUCAGUGGAGUGCCUCCCUUUUGGGGAAAGACUAAGUCAAAGAUUUUUGAUGCUGUCAGGGCUGCAGAUUUGAGAUUUUCUGCAGAGCCAUGGGACCAUAUAACUUCAUAUGCUAAGGAUUUGAUCCGCGGGAUGCUUUGUGUUGAUCCUUCCCAAAGAUUAUCAGCUGAUGAUGUUCUGGCUCACUCUUGGAUGGAGCAGUUAUCUGAAUCAGGUCAAGAACAAUAUGAUCAGGAUGGGUUUGGUUGUGAAGGAUUGGAUAAUGGGGGUUGUUCUUUUUCCACCCAAUGCAUUUCUCGCGAACAAGACUAUAGCUUUAGUGUUGGUCAGUUAGAGCAAUCAACAGAUAACGAGUGUAAAUCAUCGUUCUCGUCUUUCCUACCUGUGGAUAAUACACUGCCAAAUUCCGGUUUUGGUGGGUUUUCUUUUGAUGGAAAACAACCGGAAUCAACCUCAGCUUGCUUCUCAUCAACUGGAAUUCCCUCUAUGCCAAGCUUUACCUUUUUUAGUCCAAUCCCAGCGACGACACAGAACAACAACAUAAGCGAAACAGAUGGAAAAGUUCGAGACUCAAGCCCAAAGAGGUUACUGCCUUCACCAGAUUCUUCUUCACAACUUGAGAGACACGAGGAAGCAGGGGAGAAUCAGACAGAAGCAGGAGGAAAGUCAGAGACAAGAAGGGAAAGAGGAAACUGGUCAAGAAUGUCAGGUCUCCACAGUAAAAGAAACCGGACCAUAGGACUAGGCGAGCUAGACCAGUUGGUGGUGGAUGUUGCAGUCACAGCGUCGAUAAUCAGAUGGGCAUCUUGCACCCAUAUUCCCACGGCUCCAUCCCUCAGAUUGUCGCUCGUCUGCUAGAACAACAACAAGAAGAGACAACUGUUAUCAGUAUAAUAUAUUGUACACAUCUGAUUUUGUUCGUGCAAUGUCUUUGUUUUUGUAGUAAAACAUUUCCAUGGAAACUGACCUCAACCUGUAUAAACCAAGCGGAAAUAGAGUGUGAUUUUGAUCUCUCUA